CAUUUAUUAAAAAUUAAUUAUUUUGAAUGUCCUUUUUAUUUUAUAAACGAUAUCUUUUUUAUUUUAAAUCUUUUAAAAAAUAUAUACAUCAGAAAUCUUUCUUAUCAUUUGAAUUAAAAUCAAAAAGAAAUAAAGAAAUAUAUGGGAUUGAAAAUAUAAAAGAAAUUAUGGACACAAAAAAGCUAAAUGAAAGUCUCAACGAUGCAAUUUUAUAUUUAAAAAAAGAGUCAGAAUCUCUUAAAAUGGGUCGAUCUAAUCUUUCUUUACUUGAUAAUUUGAAAAUUCCUAUUUCUAAAAAGAAAAGUGCUUUACUUAAAGAUCUAGCACACGUAUCUAUGCAAAAUAAUAAAUCCAUAUUACUGACAAUUUAUGAUAAUGAUAAUACCAAAAUUUUGGUUUCUACGAUACGAUCUUCAUCACUUGGACUUAAUCCUGUUAUUCAUCCGUUAAAUCCUCAUCAAUAUAUUAUACCUUUACCUCCACUAACAAAAGAAAAUCAAAAAAAAAAGUUAAUAGAGAUAUCAAAACUUGGAGAAAACACAGAAAUAAUAAUACGAAAUAUAAGAACAAAAAACAUGAAACGUUUAAAAAAAGCCAAACAACAAGGUGAAUUAACUGAAGAUGAAAUAAAACUUAAAGAAAAAGAAAUUACAAAAAUAAUUAGUAAUGCAAAUAAUGAAGUGAAAAAAAUUAUUGAAUCUACAAAAAAAAGUAUUUCAGAAAAUCAAUAAUGUAUCCGUAUUUUUAUUCAAGAUAAUUAUUUAUUAUGCAUAAGUCAUAAUAAGAUCUAUAUAUUAUACAUAUGUACUAUGACAUAUAUUACGUAGAUAUUGUAUCUAAACAGUCUUUUGUUUUAUCAUCUCAUUUAUGAUAUUAAUCAUUUCAAUCUUCUGAUUUGGCUUUAUUGACGAGU